AUGGAUAAGCACAGUAAUGAGAUAAAGGUGGGGAUUCCGGCAAAGGUCCUUAGAUAUUUUCCAAUCAAGGACAGGUUUAGGAGGAUGUUUAGAUCAAAGAGGAUGGCUGAAGAUCUGUGUUGGCACUAUACCAAUGCGACUGAAGAUGGUACGAUGCGACACCCCGUUGAUUCUAUCUCUUGGGCACAAGUGAAUGAUAAAUGGCCAGACUUUGCUGCUGAACCAAGGAAUCUUCAACUUGGAAUUUCUACAGAUGGGAUGAACACUUUCUCCAUGCAAAACACCAAUCACAGCACAUGGCCAGUGUUGUUAGUGAACUACAACACACCUCCAACGAUGUGUAUGAAGGCUGAGAAUAUAAUGUUGACAUUGCUGAUCCCUGGUCCAACAGCUCCUGGUAAUAACAUAGAUGUCUACUUAGCACCAUUAAUAGAUGAUCUUAAAGAUUUGUGGGCUGAGGGUAUUGAAGUCUACGACUCAUUUGCGAAGGAGAAUUUCACACUUAGAGCCUUGCUGCUUUGGAGUAUCAGUGACUAUCCAGCAUUAGGAACCUUGUCUGGAUGUAAAGUGAAGGGGAAACAAGCAUGCAAUGUAUGUGGAAAGGAUACACCAUCUAGGUGGCUUAAGUUCAGCCGCAAGUUUGUCUACAUGGGAAAUAGAAAGAGACUACCGCCUGGCCAUCGUUACAGAUAUAAAAAAGCUUGGUUCGACAACACAGUGGAGGAAGGGAAUGCGAGUAGGAUACAAACUGGCACUGAGAUAUAUGAGACAUUACAAGCUUUUAGGAAUGAUUUUGGAAGACCUCUAGAUAAGGAGAAAAAAAGGAGAAGACCAGAGUUGGAAGAUGAUGAGAUGGUUCAAGAAGAAGAGUGUGAAGAAUCAAAUGAUCUAUGGCGGUGGAAGAAGAGAUCAAUAUUCUUUGAACUACCUUACUGGAAGGAUAUGCAUGUUCGUCAUAAUGUUGACGUUAUGCACGUUGAAAAGAAUGUGUCGGAUGCUAUACUGUCUAUCUUGAUGCAAAGUUCAAAGUCAAAAGAUGGUUUGAAAGCAAGAAAAGACUUAGCAGAUAUUGGAAUCAGAAGUCACUUGCACACAGAGGUUAGGGGUUCAAAAACAUACUUACCUCCAGCAUCGUAUUGGCUAUCGAAGAAAGAGAAGACCAUUUUCUGCAAAAGUGUUUCAGUUAACCCUCCUAAUUUAGGUAGUUUAAAGUCGCAUGAUCAUCACGUGCUAGUACAGAACUUGUUACCAGCUGCAUUAAGAGGGUUGUUGCAUAGUGGUCCUAGGAUUGCCAUUAACAGAUUAUGCAGCUACUUUAACAGGUUGUGCCAACGCAUCAUUGACCCGGAGAAACUUAUAUUAAUGGAGACAGAGUUUGUGGAAACAAUGUGUCAACUGGAGCGCUUCUUCCCUCCAUCUCUUUUUGAUAUCAUGUUCCACCUUCCAAUACAUCUCUCAAAAGAGGCACGCUUGGGAGGACCACUUCACUUCCGCUGGAUGUAUCCAUUUGAAAGGUACAUGAAAACACUAAAGGCCUUUGUUAAGAAUUAUGCAAGGCCAGAAGCAUGUAUGGCUGAGGGGUAUUUAGCUGGAGAAUGUGUUGCAUUUUGUUUAGAGUUCCUUCAAGAUUCAGUACAAGUUCAAGAACCAGUUAAUCGUAAUGAAGAUAUUGAGGCUGAUAGAGUCGUGGUUGAAGGUUGA